GCUGAGCUUCGUCAUAACACAAUAUGGUUAAAAAAUCACUAGUUUCUUCUGUAUUCCUUCUACUGGUUUUGGCUCUUAAUAUCUCAGAAAUCGCGACUGAGUCUAAGCCACCACCAAAAAUAUGUGAGAAGGGUAGCAAGAUGUACUCCGGGAACUGCUACAGCAAGCUGUGCGACGAAAAGUGCAAAGACUGGGAGAAGGCAAUCCAUGGAGCUUGUCAUAAGCGAGAGAGCAAAAAUACUUGCUUCUGUUACUAUGACUGUGAGAAGACGUCACCUCCUGCAAAAGAUGGAAAAUCAUCUCCUGGAAAAGAUGGAAAACCACCUCCUGGAAAAGAUGGAAAACCACCUCCUGCUGCUGGCGGAUCGCCUCCUCCUGCUGGUGGUGGAUCACCACCUCCUCCAGCGGAGGGUGGAUCCCCACCUCCUGCCGGUGGCGGAUCACCACCUCCUCCUACAGCUAAUUAGACGUAUCAGCAUAUACCAUAUUAGCUCACCCUCAGGGUUAAGGUCUAAAUGGCGAGAGUUCUACAUUCUUGAAUGGUAAGUCAUCUAUAAAUAUUAAUAUAAAUUAAAGAUACAAUCUUCCUACUUUACGAAGCCAUCGUUUGAGGAACUACAAAGUGUGCAGUUUGUAUCACCGAUAGCUUAUGAUAUGAUGCCCUUUCAAAGGUGAUGUAAUAAUAUCGUAUACUUAUCACUUUUAUGAUUGAAUCUUUGAGAUUAAAUUAAAUGAGAACAGUUGGAAAUUACAUGGAUAA